GAAAGCUCAAUGGAUCAAAUAGAGCACAAGUACAUUGAUGUAAGAGGGCUCAAGCUUCACCUAGCCGAGAUCGGAAAUGGCUCCUCAGUGGUGGUGUUCUUGCAUGGAUUCCCGGAGAUAUGGUAUUCAUGGAGGCACCAGAUGAUCGCCGCCGCCAAUGCCGGAUUCCGGGCAAUAGCACCCGAUUUCAGAGGCUAUGGUCUCUCCCAGCAGCCCCUCGAACCCGAGAAGGCCUCAUUCAAGGAUCUUCUUGAAGAUCUCCUUGUCAUUCUCGACUUCUUCUCCAUUCCAAAGGUUUUCAUUGUUGGGAAAGAUUUUGGAUUCCGUCCUGCUUACCAAUUCGCACUUCUUCACCCAGAGAGGGUGUCAGGAGUGGUUACUUUGGGGGUUCCAUACAUUCCCUCUCCUGUAUCAUUAUUUGGUGACCUUCCUGAAGGCUUCUACAUUUUGAGAUGGCAGAAACCUGGACGAGCUGAAGCAGAUUUUGGUCGAUUCGAUGUUAAGACAGUGAUACGGAACGUCUACAUUCUCUUCUCAGGAAGCGAACUACCAAUAGCUGCUGAGGAUCAAGAGAUAAUGGACCUGGUGGUUCCUUCUUCUCCUCUACCAACAUGGUUCACUGAGGAAGAUCUUGCUGUCUAUGCCUCAUUAUAUGAAAAAUCUGGAUUCUGUACUCCAUUGCAAGUCCCGUAUAGGACCUUACAAGAAGAGUUGAGCUUGGCUGAUGCAAGAGUCCAAGUUCCUGCAUUGCUGAUCAUGGGUGGAAAGGACUAUGUCCUAAAAUUCCCUGGACUGGAGGACUACAUAAGGAGUGGAAAAGUGAAAGACUAUGUCCCUGAUUUGGAGAUCACAUUCUUGCCCGAAGGAACACAUUUCGUUCAGGAACAAUUUCCAGACCAGGCUCCUCAGUGGUAGUGUUCUUGCAUGGAUUCCCAGAGAUAUGGUAUUCAUGGAGGCACCAGAUGAUCGCCGCCGCCAAUGCCGGAUUCCGGGCAAUAGCACCCGAUUUCAGAGGCUAUGGCCUGUCUCAGCAGCCCCUCGAACCCGAGAAAGCCACAUUCAAAGAUCUUCGUGAAGAUCUCCUCGUCA